AUGCAUGUAAACCAAUCGAUUGAAACAAACUCAAAUCUCAACCUAAUUCUCCGUGACUCCCCACCAUACUCUGUAGACUUUGAUUCACUUGAUAACGUUGCUACUGCCAAAGAACUCAACCAUCCAUUAAAGUGUGAUGAAUUUGGAACUGAGGUAUUGGGUUCUUGUAAUGGCUUGCUCUGUUUAUCUAACACAGAGGAAGACAUUGUUUUGUGGAAUUUAAAGACCCGAAAGUCUUGGAAAUUACCCAUUGCACCAAUCGAGUUCUCUAAGGAUUUUUGGUGUUGCCAGUAUAUUAACUAUGGUUUUGGGUAUGAUUUUGUUCAUGAUGAUUACAAGCUUGUGAGGAUGAUUCUUUUGGUUCUGAAGUUAAGGUCUAUAGUUUGA